AUGCCAAUCGACAUUGCAAGAUAUAGCAAAUUGAUCUCCCCAAAGGACACAGGGCAUAAUGAAGAGAGAGAGGUGAGGUUGCUCAAGAGGUGUCCUCCUGUCCAUGAGGGCACAAAGUUGAUCAACAUACCCACAACAAUUCUUGAUGCAUCCAGUGCCAUCAUCACAUGGUACCUCCCGGACGCCCUGACCAAUGCCACCCAGAAGGAAAUUUGGGCGGCCUCGGAUUUGCUCACUCCGAUGCUCAAAAAAAGCGUAAAGCUCAAUGGGAUUUGGCGUACUAAUCAAGAAGUGGUUCACACCAAGUGGUUUCAGCAGGGGCACGAGAAUCAGGCAGACCUGGCGGUUUCUGCAUCAUUGAAUGGAGCAUCCUCGGAGGAUAUCCUGAAGGCCAUUGCGAGGCCAGCAGCCAUUGCAACAGUGGCACUCAGGGUUAUGCAUCCUGAGCAGUACUGGGCAGGGUUGUGA